AUGGCACCCAAGAGUGGGCGCAAGCCCACCACCAUAUCGGCCUGCUUGGCCCGAGCUGGCUUUCCACAGCAGUUAGAGGCCAGAGAAGCCGAACGGACCAUCGCUGAGGUCCGGCGAAUUGCAAAAUCCUGCAAAGCCCGUGUGCACUCAGAAGAACAGCUUCUGUCCCAGCUGUUGCGCCCUGUCGCAAACCUGCUAUUGGAAUUCGUUCCCAACUUUUCUUCGGCUGCAGCAUCGAGUCGUCUGCAAUUCUGGCGCGAUGCUGCCUCGGUUGCGCUUGGACGCACCAAGGCCGGUGCUGCAUACAAGCAAUGGCUGCAAACGGAUGCCAUCUUGAUAGCUGCAGAGCAUGACUUGCUUACAGAGACACUGGCGGUGCCAGCUGACAGGAAGCGGCCGUUGCAAGGAGACGCCGAAGGCGAGCUUGAGCCAGCAGCAAAGCGCCUGUGUGGCUCCUCCGGCCCCAGUGGCCGCGAUGCCGAGGCCUUACGCCGAAAGCAGGAGAUGGCAGAAACCGUCCGCAACUGCCAGGAGGAUCUGGAAGCGCUGCGCGCGACGCAGGCCAAAGAUCUUGAGAUCUUCCUGGAAAGGGAGGAGAGGAGCAUGGCGAGCCGUCGAGCUCGGUUUCACCAGACCCAGGCUGACCAAGUGGAUCAGAUGCAACGCCAGAACAUGCAAAUCAUCGCAGAUCUACGUGCGCAGCACUUGAAGGAGCUGUUUUCCCCGUGUUUGUGGAUCAGCUCUUUGGAGGUGCAGCCGUGGCAUGGUUUUUAUACACUGAGCACGGAAGAUUCCACGGACACUUCCCCCGUCUACUGCAAGUACAACUCCAGCACGCCUUGUCUCUACGCCGCCAAAGGGGAGUGGUGCUUCAGCAAGAACAGGGCCAACCUCUUGACCAAGACAGGUUGCGGCUUUGUGCGUAGCACAUGCACAGCGGACGCAGCUCCCAGUGUUUUGCUGGCGACCGGUUGGCGUCAACUUGGGGAGGACAGGGUGUGGUCCUCUAUUGAUCUGAGGAUAGAGGAGGUUAGGAAUUCCACGGUGGAGUUCGUCAUCGUGUCCCUUGCUGGGGAAGAGAUCCUGCGGAAGAGCUGCGUUCUCAGCGAGACGGUGCACCACUUGAGAAAGCAGUUGCAAGUAUCACGACAGAGUCACGACAACAUACAGCUGUGCCUUCAGAACACCCGGCUCCGAAAGUCCACGCCACUCGGCUGUCUCAGCCUGAGGCCCGGAGAGACUCUGCAGGCAGUCUUCGGACUCCGAUCCUGCAUUGCUUGCAAAACGCCGAUCACGGGCCCCCCCUCACGCUGUGGCAGCUGCGCUCGGACUGCAGCAGAGGGCGUCUCCUCCUUUCAGGUGGAUGCUAUGGUCCGCCAAGUAAGCCAGGACAGCGACGUCAAAGUGGGUCGCUUGAAGGGAAUGAUGGGCCAUGAGGCAUCUCGAGCCGCACCGGACCUGGACCUCUUGAAGGGGCAUCCCAGGCUGACAGUGCUGGUGGUGUUCCAUGAGGAAAGCCAGCCCAUUUGGGAGCAAGUAGUCUGCUUCCUCCACUACUUCCACCAGCAGUCCAAGAUCCUCGACAAAGCGAUCAUCGUGCUGUCCGGAGUACAUCCGCCUUCGAGCAUUUUGGAAGAGUGGGAGGACCAGAGUUGCUGCUUCCUUGUGGGGAAGCUGACCAACACCAAGAAUUUGAUGCACGCCGGGGUGGAGGCGGCCAGGAACGUCAUCAUCAUGGGCCGCAAGCGCCCAGAG